ACACUCAUUCACAUAAAACGCCGCGCUGCCGGCGGAAUCCCCGGCUUCUGGGGCGGCGAGUGGCCCGGCCGGGUGCCGAGCGUUCGGGGCGGGAAAGAAGAGUUGAGCGGCCGCUCCGGCGCCGGGCUCGGUCGGCCGGCCGCAGCCUCGCGGGCCGCCCUCCCGUGCCUCGCCAGCGGGCACCCUGGCCGUGGGCACCUGCGGGGCGCGCGGCGCGCGACCGCUGGGCGGCGGCGGCAUGAAGGUCACGUCGCUCGACGGGCGCCAGCUGCGCAAGAUGCUCCGCAAGGAGGCGGCGGCGCGCUGCGUGGUGCUCGACUGCCGGCCCUACCUGGCCUUCGCCGCCUCGAGCGUGCGCGGCUCGCUCAACGUCAACCUCAACUCGGUGGUGCUGCGGCGGGCCCGCGGCGGCGCGGUGUCUGCACGCUACGUGCUGCCCGACGAGGCGGCGCGCGCGCGGCUGCUGCAGGAGGGCGGCGGCGGCGUGGCGGCCGUGGUCGUGCUCGACCAGGGCAGCCGCCACUGGCAGAAGCUGCGCGAGGAGAGCGCCGCGCGGGUCGUGCUCACCUCGCUGCUCGCUUGCCUGCCCGCCGGCCCGCGGGUCUACUUCCUCAAAGGAGGAUAUGACAACUUCUACUCGGAAUAUCCUGAGUGUUGCGUGGAUGUACAACCCAUUUCACAAGAGAAGGUUGAAACCGAGAAAGCCCUCAUGAACCAGUGUGGGAAACCAGUGCUCAGCAUCAGCUACAGGCCGGCUUAUGACCAGGGCGGCCCAGUUGAAAUCCUCCCUUUCCUCUACCUUGGAAGUGCCUACCAUGCAUCCAAGUGCGAGCUCCUCGCCAACCUGCACAUCACGGCCCUGCUGAAUGUCUCACGGCGGAUUUCCGAGUCCUGCACGACCCACCUACACUACAAAUGGAUCCCUGUGGAAGACAGCCACACAGCUGACAUUAGCUCCCACUUUCAAGAAGCAAUAGACUUCAUUGACUGUGUCAGGGAAAAGGGAGGCAAGGUCCUGGUCCACUGUGAGGCUGGGAUCUCCCGUUCGCCCACCAUCUGCAUGGCUUACCUCAUGAAAACCAAGCAGUUCCGCCUGAAGGAUGCCUUCGAUUACAUCAAGCAGCGGAGGAGUGUGGUCUCGCCCAACUUCGGCUUCAUGGGCCAGCUCCUGCAGUAUGAGUCUGAGAUCCUGCCUUCCACGCCACAGGCUCCCUCCUGCCAAGGGGAGGCAGCCAGCUCUUCAUUCAUAGCCCAUUUGCAGACAUUGAGCCCUGACGUGCAAGGUUCCUACUGCACAUUCCCUACCUCGGUGCUGGUGCCAGUGCCCACCCACUCGACAGUCUCAGAGCUCAGCAGGAGCCCCGUGGCCACGGCCACAUCCUGCUGAAACCGGGAUGGGGAAACAGCCCAGUCCCAAGAACAACUGUGAUUCUGCUUUCUAAACUCGUGGACAUUUCAUACCUGUGCAAUACCGAAGACCUCACUCUGUCCCACUGCCCCACUGGGAGAGUGAGCACCAGGCUUGCAAAGGAACUUCACACUGACAUCGGGGAUAGGUUUUCGGGACCGAAGGAAGGCCAAGCCAUCAUGAGAGCACAGCGCGUGCCAACUACUGUACUUCCAGACCCCGUGCCCUCUCAGGACCGCCCAGUCCCUGCACCUCCAAGUUUGCCUUCUCAUUUCAAGCGUAAGGCAAUAAACCCCUGCAGCAGCAUGGGAGAAAGCAGUUCCUAGACCGGGAGAAAAGGCAGUUACGAAGCCAAUUCGUUUUGAAGGAAGCACAAUUUCCACCUUACUUUUUUAACUCUGGCAGUCUCAGUAUCUGUCUCUGUUGCUUCAGGGCAUAAGCUGAUCACCACCCAGUCGGGAAAGUAACCCUGCAGGGUUUGGAGGGACACGAUCUGUGUGCUGCUUCGAACCCUCAGAUGUUUUGGAGGCUCCCUCUCAGGGCCAGUAGAGACAGGCGGUUGAAGUAGGGAGACACUGACCUAUCUGGGUGUCCUCUCCACCGUGGGUUCUUCCCUGACUUCGGACUUCGCAUGAUUCUUACUCAUACUUGAACCUUUCUCAUUGCACCUCUCCUCAAAGCAACUCUUCUUCAGACCUUAGACCAAAAAUCACCCCUUCGAGGUGGUAGCAGUGGGUGCCAAGGGAAAUAGGGCACCCGCUGUCUGGGUCAGUGGCAUUGAAAUGGUCUUUUUCCCCAGUUUGCCGUCCUUCAUGUGUGCUUGUCUCGUCUCCGGUGACACACGUCUUCAUCCCUGCCCCUGGGGGUUGUCUUCAAGCUGUGGACUUCUGGGGUUUACAGAUUUUGUAAUGUGGUACUUUUUUGUCCGUAGGUUCUUUCUCCAGGGGAAAAGGCAAUAAUUUCCUAAAACCCAUGUGAAUGUGAAGAAAAGCAGUAUGUUACUGGUUGUCGUUGUUGUUGUUAUUGUUGUUUUUUUAUAGUGCAAAAUAAAAAGA